CCGAGCGAGAUGGAACCUAUGUCGCCCGAUAUUCGUGAGGACAAUCCCCUUGGCCUUAGUAUCAUUCACAAACCUAAGCAUGGGCCGCCUUGCAUAGACAUCAUUCUUGUCCAUGGACUUGGUGGGAAGAGUCGAGAUACGUGGAAAUGCAACGACUCUCCGUUCUUUUGGCCUCGGGCAAUAUGCGACGAGGCACCCUUUCAAAUGGCUCGAAUCUGGAGUUACGGAUACUCUGCCCCUGGCUUCAAGACGUUGUCCCGCAAAUCGGUGGCCGGAAUAGGAGAUUUCGGUAUCGACCUUUUGUGUCGCUUGAGAGACGAGGGGACAGACGUACCCGUUGUGUUCGUAGCUCAUUCAAUGGGCGGUUUACUGGUUAAAGAAGCGUACGUUACCGGGUCCAAUGAUGCGGCGUAUAGCGACAUCGUCAACUCAAUAUUUGCCGUGUUCUUCCUUGGUACACCCCACAAAGGGUCAGCCGUUGCGAACAUGUUCUUGUGGGGAUCGAAGGUUGCCGGGUUCAAGGUUGAGCCGUAUCUGAAGGCCUUGAAACCAGGCUGCGAGGAACUGGAGAGAACCAACAACAAAUUCAAAAAUCUGCCUCGACAACCACGCAUUACGACCUUCUAUGAAAUGCAUAAAACCGGCCCCUGGCCGUUAGCAAUGAUUAUAGUGGACAGGGAAUCAUCGAUUCUGGGUGUUCGCGGAGAAGAGGUGGUCCCGAUGGAAAAAGACCACCGAAAUAUCGUGCGAUUUCCAAACAGGAAGGACUCCGCACUUUCAAAACUUGUGAGCCGACUGGAGCGAUGCAUCAACGACUCUGGACCUUGGAAGAAUAACGUCUGGAGGCUACGGCCAGAGGAGAAGACCCGUUUGCUCCAUGAUUGGCUUGGAACACGAGCAGCCCCGGAGGAGGACCUCUUAUUCUUUUCCGAGAAGAGUAUGCCAGGCACAUGCGAUUGGAUCAAAUCUGACCCGGAAUUCGGGGGUUUGCUGAGCGAUGCCUCCUCACAUCCGAAGUUCCUUUGGUACCAUGGCCUGCCCGGAUGUGGCAAGUCAGUCCUGGCCUCCCAGAUCGUGCAACGCAUCCAGCAUCUUCGAAAGCCUUGCCAAUACUUCUUUUUCCGGGAAGAGGACCCGUCGAAAAAUUCCGUCAUUUCCAUCAUCAAGUGUCUCGCAGUUCAAUUUGCAGCGCACUCGACGCAGUUCUACAAUCACAUCGUGGGACUUGCCUGCCGGGCAGAAAGUUUGGACCAUGUUACGGCGCAGAUGCUCUGGAGAAAGUUCUUCGUCGAUGGAAUUGCAAAACCCGAGAAUGCUUGCGAGAGCCCUAUCUACUGGGUCAUCGACGGUCUUGACAUCUGCUCGGUCAACACGUCCAAUUUGGGUUUCGAGGAACUGUCGCUCUCCUUUAUCCCGCUUAGGAUACUGGUCUUGAGCCGGUGGACACAGGUAAUUUCGACCACUCUUUGUCAACUGGGGACAACCGUGGUCAACUUGGACACCGUCCCUGCCAAGCAGAAUGCUCUGGCAUUGUUUGUUGAGACACAAAUCGGCAGAUCACACCCGCUAUUUGGCCAAAUCUUGGAGGAUGCGCAAGGGAACUUCCAGUGGGCGAGCAUAGUCAUCGAUAACCUCCUCGACUGUUACGGAGAGUUUUCUAUCGCCGAUGCAACGCGCGAAGCGGAAGUGACAUUCAACCCCCUGUGGGAGGACGUCGCAUCCAAGCUGUUUUCGCAGUGGAGAGGUGACGAACGUUUCGUUGCGAAGGGCUUCCUGACGUGGGUACUCUACGCCAGGUCCCCUCUUACGGUCAAACAGGUCUGUGAAGCUUUGGAAUAUCAAAUGCCAACGCGAUUCAAACUGAAGGACAUACCGCGGCUCUGCGAGGCGUUUGUGUUGGUCGAUAAACUAUCCCUCAUCCGUUUUCGCCACCGAAGCGCGCGAACGUUUCUCCUCGACGGAAAAGUUCAUAGGUUAUGUCCAACUCCACCGUCCGGUCAAAAAUCGCUGUUGAAGGUCUGCUUGGAAACCAUCCUCAAGGCCAAUGCGGACCAGAAGGACGUCAUUCCCGGGGACGACUCGUUCCUCAAUUACGCGAUCACGUCCUGGGAUUAUCAUCUUCGCGCCUCUGUGGAAGAAGUAGACAGGGAGACUCUGGACUCGAUUGAGCAACUGCUCACCGGAUCUGCACUUGUCGGUUUGAUUCGGUUUCUCGCAACGUUGGAUCAGCUAAGCCUGAUGGUGUCAGCUGCGACCGCCUUACAUGCUCUCCGCCUCUCCAGUCCUACGGCAUUGCGAAAGUACGACAUAAAUGGGGUUCUCGAGUCAGGGGCUGUAGAGUUGACGAGGAUUUUCGGGAAGUUUGGGAGUCAACUCCGCCGACACCCCAGCGCUAUCUACGACGUUGUGCCGCCAUUCUGUCCCAAGUCGUCCUAUGUGCGCACUCAAUACCUUCUUCGCCGGCACCGGCACCGUCCCUUUUGGAUUGAUGUGAAAGGCACAUUGCCCAAAACCUGGGACGAUACACUAGCCCGGCUCACAGCGCCGAGGCCGCCCUUAGAGGUUCUCUGCACGAGCCGCUGUAUUGCGAUCUCUUCGGCCUCCUUAGGCGGCUAUGUCACAAUAAUCUCCGCCUCUACGCUAUCGGCGAUCAAGACAAUUUCUCACGGAGAGGUUAUCCAGAUGAUGCGGUUCAGCAAUUCGGGCAACAUGCUUGCAACCUACGGAUACACAACGAUCAAGGUCUGGCAGAUUGACACCUCCCUAUCCCCGUGGAUCUUUGAGGCACCGCCAAUGGUACAGAUACUGGACAUGGCAUUUCAGCAAGAUGAUAUGGGAAUUCUGGCGUGUGGUAAAAACGGUGAUAUCUGGAAAUUUCCCCUCCUGGAAUCAACAAAAUCCGGCAGGAUCUUUGACUCUUUACUCGUUGAAACCGACAACGGGCUUCUACAGCCGCCAAAUUGUGCUGCUUUCAAUCCAGACACCACUCAGAUUGCUGCCUCUUUUGGGGGUCUCCGAGUGUCCACGUGGAAGAUCUCACCGGGUGGACUGUUUGGACAGACCGACAAGCCAGCAGAGGAUCAUGGAGAGGAGCCGCAGGCCGGCAUUAGGAAUAUCCACUGGACAUCAGAUUCCGAGACCAUUAUACUGGUCCGAAAGAACGGAUCUGUUUGGACUUGGUACCCUCGCCGUCAAGUUGAGAGUCUGUUCAUCCGCCUCGGUGUGGCUCUCAUCUCGACAAGUUCAACGAGGCCGCUCCUACUCUCUAGCGAUGAGCAAGGACGAUUGGAAAUUUGGGACACUGGCGGCCUCUCACUUAUUCAUAGCAAGGAUUUUGGGGAGAAGAUGAGGGGCUUGGCACUCUGCCCCAAUGGAAAGAGGAUAUACGUGCUUCGAGAGAGGUCGUGUGAUGUUUGGGAACCCGAUCGGCUUUUCAGGCUCGCAAUGGGCGAUGAUCUAUUCACUACCGCAAGGGUCGAUGCUGCGCCCUCGGUCGAAGAUUGGCCUUGUCAACCAAACGUGAGCGGCAUUCCAAUCAGAGGACUUGCCGUUGGUUCUCGAUCGCUCAUUCAUUGCUCGGCUCAUUCCGGUGGCGACCUCAAGGUUUUCGGUCCAACUGGCAACCUGGUCUACGGACUUGAGGCUUCUUAUACGAAUACCGUCACUCAGAUGGCAUGGAGCAGCAAUGAAACGUAUUUAGCAGUGUCCGACGUUUCUUAUAAGGUUAGAAUUUUCGAGAUUUGCCUCGAGGACAGAGGACAGAUCGUAAUUGCUGAGGUAAAGCUACAGGACCCGAUUCACCAACUCCUGUUCAGUGAAGACGACGGGUCACUUCUCAUCGUCUCCGAACAUUCAACUAGGACAUGGCGAUUCAGGGAACGCUGUGAACCGGAGACCCGCAGCAAUAUCAGCGGGCCCUGUCAUUGGAGCAACCAUCCCCUCAAACCAGGUUCUUUGUUGAGAAUUUCUCUAGGAACCAUCGAUGUUCUCGACUGGCAGGACCUGCGCCGACUCUAUAGUUUCGAGAUUCAGAUUCCGGACGCGAGCGGCGUAUUCGUGGGCACAGUCGCUGCGCUUGGGUCUCAUCGAGUCAUCAAAACAUAUCCCUCUCAGGAUCGCUCACGCAUCCUUAUUCACACUACCUCAUUGGGCACCUCGAGGGACUUUGACCUUCUCUCCAUCCGGAUCGCUGAUCUCCAGACGACGCCCGAUGAGGUUCCGGCGAGGAUAAAGGCGACAAAGUAUCCGCAGCAGCUUUUGAGUAGGAUCAGAAGAACCUUGGGCCUGAUUGACGGGCCUAAAUACGGUAUAACGACUGGCAUAUCGCCCACCCUACUCGCCUUCAUUGACCAGAACGGGUGGAUAUGCAGCUGCAGCGAAGAGGGGACUUUGCGUGAACAUUUCUUCCUUCCUCUCGACUGGUUGGACUCGGACUCGCUGGAUUUAGCGCAACUGGGAAAGGAUGGGACUCUCUUCCUCCCCAAGGACGGGGCGGUAGGAGUGAUUACGAAUGGCUUUCGUAAUGUUUUGUCGCAGGAGGACCACGGUAAUUUGCAAUCAAUAUGAGAUUUGGCACUGCUGCGUAGUCAAAAUGCGAGAAGCGAGGCUAUAGGCUGCUCGCCUUUCGAGGUAAUGAAGCCUAUCAUCGCAAAGCGUGGG